CUUGAAAUUGUUUGAGUGAACACUAGCUUGUUUGAAAGACUUGUCAGCUAGCAAGAAAAGAGAGUACAUAUGUUGGUUUUGUCCAACACAGAUAGACGUGUAACGUUAUGAUAUCUCCAGUAUGUGGACUAAACUGCAUACAUUUAGUGUUAAAAAUUGAGUGGAUUAGCAUUAAUAAGCACACACAUUGAUUGAGAUUACGAUGGGAGGUUACGGUGGUGAUGAGUCCGUAAUUCUCUUUGUGUUUGUUCAUAGGGCCAGUCACGGAGCUUGGUGUUGGGCCAAUAUAUUACGAAAUCCUCUUGAGGUUACUCUCUUUACUCACUUCAAAUUGUAUUCUUGGUUUCUUUGUCAAUAAAUCUAUCAUAUGCUAGACUAAGUAUAUUUUAUGAUUUUAUCUCUAACAAAAUCUUAUAACUUUAUUUUUUAAACAAGUAACUAAAACUUUUGAAGUAAUUAACUACAAAAAUUAAUGUGAAGAUAUAUUAUCUUAUCAUAUCAUAUCAAUGAAGGCGUUCAAAGUAAGAUGAAACAUGGUAAAAUUACAUGUCAUGAGAAUCUUACAAAUAUCUCUGAUAUUAAUUGGACAAAAUCAUAAAAACAUAACUAUGUAGAUUUCAUCAAAAUUUUAAUUUUCAUGUUUUAAAAGCAAUAAAGUUUGCAAAUUGAUGAUGUGGUCUAGUAUACAAUUUACACCUAUAUAUUAUUUAAAUUUAUUCUUGCUUAUCACGUUUAGUUGACCUAUUUCAUUAAAAAUAAGGAAAUUCCCAAACCAAAUAGGAAACUCUGGCCCGCACGAGAAUUCUAUAUAUAUAUAUAUACGAUUUGUUUCUUUUGGUAAAACAAAUCGAAACAAAAAUUAGAUUUCAGAGCUAACUCUGAGAAUUAGGGUUCGUCUCUCGACAAACAAAAAUCUCAGCCCCGUGGAAUCUAUUCUGGUGUAAAUCGAAGAAUGGAGACUAAUGUUCCGGAGAAGAAGAUCCUUGGUUUCCCGGAAGAGAUGAAUUCGACAAUUCAGUUUUUAUCUGUUGAGAAAACAACAUGUCGUCUUCCUGUUUCUAUAAAAUUCAAUAUACCAAAGAAAAUUUCUACAAAGAGAAGAAGAAUAUCUGUAGAAGAAGAAGAAGAAGAAGAAGACGAGAAUAAAACGAAGUUGAGUUCUUGGGAGAAGGUUUUGAGUAGCGAUGAGAUUUUGAGGUUAAGGGAAGUUUCAAGACGAAAGUAUUUGACGGAUCGAGAGAAUAAGAAGGUGGAGGAGUUAAGGGAUGAGAGAAGUAAUUGAGUUUAGAUAUAAGAGAGCAUUGUAUGAGUUGGUGAAGAAAACAGAGGAUGAUGAUGAUGUUGAAGGGUAUAGGUUUCCAGAUGCUUAUGAUCAAGAAGGGUGUAUUGAUCAGAAGAAGAGGUUUGAUGUUGCCAAGGAGAGGUAUUGUGAGCGAAGAAGGAGCGGGAGAGUUGUUACGGAGCAAGAAGCUUGGGAGGAUCAUCAGGCUCAGAAAGCGAGAGUGAGGUUUGGUGCAAAGGAUAAGAAGCAAGUUGUUGAUGGGUAUGAGUUUGUGUUUGAUGAUUUGACAGGCUUUGUUGAGGAGUCUAGCGAGGCGGAAACUGGGAAACAUCGAGGUUGUUAUUCGAAGACUGCUGCAGAGAAGGCUCGGGAGGGGAGGGAGUUUCUUCCGAUUCAUGGGUACAGGGAGGAACUGCUGAAACUUAUUGAAGAGAAUCAGGUUCUUGUCAUUGUUGGAGAGACAGGAUCGGGUAAAACUACGCAGAUACCGCAGUAUCUUCAAGAAGCCGGUUACACAAAGCGUGGAAAGAUCGGUUGUACUCAGCCUCGGAGAGUUGCUGCAAUGAGCGUUGCUUCCCGAGUGGCUCAAGAGGUUGGUGUUAAACUUGGACAUGAGGUUGGAUAUUCCAUUAGAUUUGAAGACUGUACUUCAGAGAAAACAGUUAUCAAGUACAUGACUGAUGGGAUGCUGCUACGAGAGCUACUCAUAGAACCGAAACUCGAUAGCUAUAGUGUCAUCAUUAUUGAUGAGGCGCACGAAAGAACACUGUCCACUGAUAUUUUGUUUGCGUUAGUGAAGGAUGUAGCCAAGGUUAGGCCUGAUCUGAGGUUAAUAAUCUCCAGUGCAACGCUUGAAGCUAAAAAGUUCUCCGAAUACUUUGAUUCGGCUCGGAUUUACCUGAUUCCAGGAAGAAGAUAUCCAGUUGAAAAGCUCUUCAGAAAAUGUCCUGAACCUGACUACUUGGAGACAGUGAUACGCACUGUGGUUCAGAUACAUCAGACUGAGGCGAUAGGAGACAUUUUAGUUUUCCUCACUGGUCAAGAAGAGAUCGAAACAGUAGAAACGAAUUUGAAGCGAAGGAUGAUGGAUUUGGGUACAAAGGGAUCUGAGAUCAUUAUCUGUCCUAUCUACUCAAAUCUCCCAACUCCACUACAGGCAAAAGUGUUUGAACCGGCCCCUAAAGGGACACGGAAAGUUGUCUUGGCAACGAAUAUUGCAGAAACAUCGUUAACCAUUGAUGGGGUUAAAUACGUCAUUGAUCCAGGAUAUUGCAAGAUCAACUCAUACAACCCGAGAACGGGAAUGGAGUCACUCCUUGUAACUCCUAUUUCCAAGGCUUCCGCAGCGCAACGAGCUGGUCGGUCUGGAAGAACAGGUCCUGGGAAAUGUUUCCGGUUGUACAAUAUCAAGGAUUUAGAGCCCACUACAAUACCGGAAAUCCAAAGGGCUAACCUUGCAAGUGUUGUGCUUACUUUGAAGAGUCUUGGGAUUCAAGAUGUGUUCAAUUUUGAUUUCAUGGAUCCUCCACCUGAAAACGCUCUUUUGAAGGCUCUAGAGUUGCUCUAUGCGCUGGGUGCUUUGGAUGAAAUUGGUGAGAUUACUAAGGUAGGAGAAAGAAUGGUGGAGUUUCCAGUUGAUCCAAUGCUGUCAAAGAUGAUUGUUGGUUCGGAAAAGUAUAAGUGCUCGAAAGAGAUAAUCACGAUAGCUGCCAUGUUGUCUGUAGGGAACUCGGUCUUCUAUCGACCAAAGAACCAGCAAGUUUUCGCCGACAAGGCUCGGAUGGAUUUCUAUGAAGAUACAGAGAACGUCGGCGAUCACAUUGCAUUGUUAAGGGUUUACAAUUCCUGGAAGGAAGAAAACUACUCAACUCAAUGGUGCUGCGAGAAGUUCAUUCAGAGCAAGAGUAUGAAAAGGGCAAGAGAUAUACGUGACCAGCUACUUGGACUUUUAAACAAGAUUGGAGUAGAACUUACUUCCAACCCGAAUGAUUUAGACGCAAUAAAGAAAGCAAUCUUGGCCGGAUUCUUCCCGCAUUCUGCAAAGUUACAAAAGAAUGGAUCGUACAGAAGAGUCAAAGAACCUCAGACAGUUUAUGUACACCCUAACUCAGGCUUAUUUGGGGCGUCACCUAGUAAGUGGUUGGUGUAUCAUGAACUAGUACUUACUACCAAGGAAUAUAUGAGGCAUACAACUGAAAUGAAGCCUGAGUGGCUAAUUGAAAUAGCUCCUCAUUACUACAAGCUUAAAGACAUUGAAGAUACUCGGCCAAAGAAAACACAGAGAAGAAUCGAAGAAGCCUCGACGUCUAAGGUUGAUACUAACAAGAAAACCCGGACCUCGAAGGUUGAUACUAACAAGAAAUCAAAGAGGUAA